UGGAAGAGAGAAAAAGUUUGAAAGGGAUGAUGCCCUCCGGAAAAGUUUGAGGUGCGCUGACAGGAUUAAAGGUAAAACUUCCGCUGUCUGUGGAAAAGUGGCUCGAAAAGUUUGAAGAAAUUCUGUAUAAUCUAAAGAUUAUCUUAGAAAAAACUUUUUGUUUUAUUUUUAUUUUGGGCAAAAAAAAGUAAAAAUAACAAAAAUAAAAGGUGUGCGCAGAGUGGAAGGAAUAAAAAGGGAUAGAGGAAUUAAGAAGGGGGUUUUAUGGCAAAAGGCAUUUUUUUUUCAGUUUUUUUCUACUUUCACUCUAUGAAAGAAUAUCCUUUUACCUACCAUAAAAAGCGACGCUUUCCUUUCCCUCCCCCUUAUUUUUGGUCAAUAUUCCCCCCCCCCCCCCCCCCAUUUUUUAUAUCCUUUUGUAUUUGUCUAUUUUUUGAGUCUGUUCUUUUUUUCCCAUCAUUUUUCUUUUGUGGAAAUACCGCUGGUAACUCAUCUUUAUUUUUUUAAAUGGCAGGAA